CGUCAGACUGCACGCCAGCUCCCAGUCAGCCAGUCAGGCUGGGUGGAGGAGCGCCCGCAGCGCCGCGUAUUAUCAAUGGGCCGGGAGACUUAGCGUGCGGCCACCUGGUCGGAGGAGGCGCAGUCCCGAGGCUGCCUCGGGUUGCAGAACCAUCAAUGGCUCUUCAGGGCUCGGCGGCUGGCUGGAGCCGGAGACCCGGCGCAGGGAGCUGAGCUAAGGAGCGGGCGGUGAGCUGGGUUGGCCGGCCGUCGGGGCUCCCGCGGGGAGCGGGCCUAGAACCAUGAGCCUCUGCUCGCCACCUCCGUCCCUGAGGCGGCUGCUGGUGCUGCUGCUGCUGCUGCUGCCGGCCGGCGCCGCGCACACCGUCAGAACCCUCCCUCGACUGUGUGAUGUGCUACAAGUGCUGUGGGAGGAACAGGACCAGUGCCUGCAGGAACUCUCCAAAGAGAAGACAGGAGACCUGGGCAUGGAGCAGCCAGCCCCAGGCUGCGAGGGGCUCUGGGACAACAUGAGCUGCUGGCCCUCGUCUGCUCUGGGACAGACUGUGGAAGUGGAGUGCCCACGAUUCUUCCAGAUCCUCACAGGCAGAAACGGUUCCAUGUUUCGAAACUGCACACAGAGCGGCUGGUCAGAAACCUUCCCCAGGCCUGACGUGGCCUGUGGGGUUAAUGUGAACAACUCGUCUAACGAGACCAACGAGAAGCGGCACAAGUACCUGCUGAAGCUGAAGGUCAUGUACACCGUGGGCUAUAGCUCCUCCCUGGUGAUGCUCCUGGUUGCCCUCAGCAUCCUCUGUGCUUUCCGGAGGCUGCACUGCACCCGAAACUACAUCCACAUGCACCUGUUUGUGUCCUUCAUCCUGCGUGCCCUAUCCAACUUCAUCAAGGAUGCUGUGCUCUUCUCCUCAGACGAUGUCAUCCACUGCAGUGCUCACAGGGUGGGCUGUAAGCUGGUCAUGGUCUUCUUCCAGUACUGCAUCAUGGCCAACUACGCCUGGCUCCUGGUGGAAGGCCUCUACCUUCACACACUCCUUGUCAUCUCCUUCUUCUCAGAAAGGAAGUGCCUUCAGAGAUGUGUUGCCCUCGGAUGGGGUUCUCCAGCCAUUUUUGUUGUUUCAUGGGCUAUCACCAAGCACUUUAUGGAAGAUGUUGGGUGCUGGGACAUCAAUGCCAAUGCAUCUGUCUGGUGGGUCAUUCGAGGGCCUGUGAUCCUCUCCAUCCUGAUUAAUUUCAUCCUUUUUAUAAACAUUCUAAGAAUCCUGAUGAGAAAACUUAGAACCCAAGAAACAAGAGGAAAUGAAGUGAACCAUUAUAAGCGUCUAGCCAAGUCCACCCUCCUGCUGAUCCCCCUCUUCGGAGUCCACUACAUCGUCUUUGCCCUCUCCCCAGAAGAUGCCAUGGAGAUUCAGCUGUUUUUUGAAUUGGCCCUUGGCUCAUUCCAGGGCCUGCUAGUGGCAGUCCUCUACUGCUUCCUCAACAGAGAGGUGCAGCUGGAGGUACAGAAGAAGUGGCGGCAGUGGCACCUCCAUGAGAUCCCACUGCGUCCCGUGGCCCUCAGCUCCUCCUUUAACAACGGCACCAGCAGCCUUACAAACAGCACUAAGGCCAGCCUCUCAGGGCCUAGCCAAUGCUCCCGCAGGACCAGCACCUGAGGAUGGAACAGGGCCAGCCACCCAUGGACAGAAGUCAAGCUGGAAACUAAGAGGGCAGGACACUGCUACAAGACAGUUCGUUUUCCUGGCAGAUAUCAUGUGCUUUCUUCUGUGACUAACAGUCUCUUCCAGGCCUUGGUGUGGGGAUGGCGGGUACAGUGAGAAUUCCUUAGAACUGAACCUAUGGAACUUAGGUCACCAUGAGGUGGGGAGAGAGGGCCUGGAAUUUGGGUCUGUUGUGUUCUUCUGGGAGGAGCAGCUCAGGAGUCCCAGAAGGGAGCAGGGAAAUAAAUAGUUACUGGGGUGA